GAACAAAGAGCUUACCUGAAUAGCAUGGAUUCAUUUUAUUUCUUCUGAUUCUCGUCAGCUGUUUACAACUUGUGAUAUUUAAAAAACAACAAUUACAAAAUGAGUUCAACUUAUUUACAUGAAAGAUUUUAGUUGGGAGUUACUUUGAAGACACAUCAGUAUAGUAUAGCAAAGGUGUAAAUAAAUUUAAUAGACCGAAUAUGGUAAAUAUAUACUUUGUGUGAAAGAAUAUUUUACAACAUUGAUUGUAAUAAGAGUCCAAAGGACUAGAAGCAAUUGGUUACGUAAUGAGUAGUAAGUAAGGAUGAAAUGAGUAAAGCUCAGUUAAUAAAAUAAAAUCACUAUUUUAUAAGACAGUUAAAAUAAAAACACGUAAUAGUGUAAUUAAAUCAGAGAAAGUGUGCAAAAAAACUUUUUUAAGAUGCAGAGAAGGAAUAUUUAUGACCAUGUAGAUAAGACAUUAUUAACCAUCACCUUUUGAACACAUAAAUCAGGAUUUUGACGCCUGAUAGCGGUGACUUUAGCCAACUCCAGAUAACUGGAGCUUGGCUGUUUAUUAAUCAGCGUGAAAGAUUGCAAGUUAUCAACCUGAUGUCUAGUAUUCAAGAGAUGUUUAGUAAUUGCACUGUUUAAAGUCAUUCUUUCCCCUAUACUAAGGCUUUUUGGAACAUGUUUGCAAAACCUUUCUGUUCGGUCAAUGUAGCUGCUUUGGCAGGUACACGUAAUUUUAUAAACAUAGUUGACGGUAAAAUGAAAAGGCUACUUUUCGACCUUUUAGUGAGUUAGCGAACAUACUGUUUUAUACAGAAAUAAUAGUUUGGCUGCCGGGUAAGUUCUGACUAGUGCAGUGUUAAGUUUUGUUCUGACAGUGGUCACGACGUCGUCACGUUUAAAGUUAAGGUUUGUAUAUAUUGGAUUUUUACUGACUGUAGUCACUUCCAUCUUCUUUUCUUUAGGUUUUUUAUUUUUGUCAAUAAAUUUCUGUGGGUAGCAGUUGUUACUUAGGUAUUUUUCAACCUUCAUCAUUUCUUCUCCUAGUUUGUCGGUGGUACAUAUCAUUUCUGCUCCAGAAAAUAGUGUUCUGACUAACGCUUCGUUGUAACUGAUUGAAAAGGAAACUGUUAAAAUCCAGAAAUAAAAAUCGACAACUAUAUGAAACUCAAAUUAAUUUCACUCCUGAAUCUCAUAUUUUUACAAUGAAUACUUCACAAGUUGCUACAAUGAUACAUUCAUAUCGUUUACCAAUGUUUCCUACAUUAUUACCAAAAUUAGAAAUAAAUCAAAAUUAUUAUAAUUUAAAUGAAAAUCAAAUAAAUGAUAAUGAUGAUACAGAUUCAUAUAAAUCUCAUAUUACAUUAGUAUCCAUAGCAAAUUCAAAUAAACAAGUUACAUUGAAAAAUAUUCAUCCAUUCAAUAAUCAUUUAUUAUUAAAAAAUGAAAUAAUAAAUAAAGAUGAAAUAAAUAAUACGGGGAAUUAUGAUUCAAUAGAAAAUGAUAUCAAAAGGAAAGAAAUCGAUUUAUUCAAUAAAGAAAUAAAAACUAAUUGGAAACCUGAUGGUAAUAAUAACAAUAAUAUUAGAUCAAAUGAUCUUUCUAAUCGGAUCAAGCAUAUUGAUGAAUUAUUUUGUGAAGUAUCUAGGAAAAUGUAUUGUUUAAGCGAAGAAAAUGGAUUAUUAAUGAAUAAUUUAUUCAAAGCAACAGAACAUUUAAAACAUUUAAAAAAUAUUUUAAAUAAUAGUCAGGAGCAUCGUUCAACAUUACAACAUAAUUAUCGAAUUGAUUCAGUUAAUCGAAUUGAAAAUUCAUCCCAUAAGCCUAAUAACUGUAAUUCCUCAACUAGAUAUUUUGUUUCUCCAUAUCAAUUUAUUGAUGAUGACAAUCUAAAUAUUCAUAGAUUAAAAUUAAAAACUGGCAGUUUACAUGAAAAUUUAUUCUCAUUUUCUCAACCAAACUUAAAUCAAGAUGUUAAUGAUUGUAAUCUAUCUGAGAAAUAUAAUACUGACAAUGGUACUCAUAUUGAUCAUCAUCAAUAUAAUAGUAAUAAUAGUGAUAACAAUAUACGUAGUAACUACACAGAGAAGACACGUUCAGAUAUAUAUAAAACAAAAGUCAUGAACACUAAUGAACAUUCUGUACAAAAGAUCGGUGACAAAUUACUUCAACAUUCACAAACUAGUAGAAUUUCACAAAUAUUUACUAAAGCAAAUCAUUUUUCAACAAUCAAUUUAACAAGUUCAUUAUUUCGUAAUGCUUCAAAAGAAAGAUAUAAAAGAAGACUUAUAUGAUCACAAUUCAUUUCCUUUGUAACUGUUACCGCUCAUUUUCCUACUUAAAGCAUAAACAUUGAAUUUUCUAGUAGACUUUAGUUAAUAAUUCAUUUGUGAACUUUAGUCAAGUUAUAAAACUUUUGAGAGAAUGGCAAUUCAGAAAGAACAAUAUUUUUUGGUGGCUUCAAAGAAAAACGUUCAGAUAGGAUAUUGUAAAAAAACAACAGCCAAUAAUAUAUACUACUUAAAUUCUUUAUUACUUUAUGUAAAAAUGAUAUGAGGAAAUUUUUGUACGAAUUUUGCAUUUUUUUUUGAAAAAAAACAUCUCUGAUUGCAAACACAUGUAUAUGAAGAAAGUGAAAAUAAUAAUACUUUUUGCAACCUA